CCCCCAAAGUUUCCAAAACCCACAUGCACAAAACCCUUCUCUUUCUCUUUCUCUGAAAACCCACCAAGAAGGAUGGAGGAAGAGGAAGAAGAAGAGUACAGCUUCUUGAUAGCAAAACUGCCACCAUGGUUCACAGUCCUCUUGUCCUUCCAAGCAGACUUGAUUCACAACUGCAUCUUUACACUCCUCGCCCCCGUCACCACCCUUUUCUCCAUACUCUCAGAGUCCUACCAAAGAGCAGAGGAGGCCAAAGACAGUGUAAAAUCAGCAGCCAAGAAUGUGCCCUCAAAGGUGGCACAUGGCAGCAGCUUGAUGGUGAGGAAGCUGGCCUGGGGGCUUCUGGGUGCUGCCUAUAUGGGAAUUGUUCUGGUGACUGUGAUGGUUGUGGCUGUUGUUGUGGGUGUUGGGUUGGUGCAGUUGUGGGUUGAGGAGCCUGUGUUUCUCAGAGAGAGCUUGCAUUUUGACUACACUGAACCUCACCCAAAGGCUGUGUUCUCUUUUGGUGGCAGCAAGGGCAAAAUGGGGGUUCCAUUAGGGCACACCUUUUAUGUUUCUUUGAGACUUUUGAUGCCUGAAUCUGAUUUCAAUAGAGACGUUGGGGUGUUUCAGUUGACUGCAGAAGUCAUGUCGAUCAAUGGAGAUGUGCUAGCAAAAUCUAGCCAUCCAUGCAUGUUGCACUUUAGAAGCCUCCCAGUUCAACUCACGCGAACUUUUCUCAUGGGGGUUCCACUAUUGCUAGGAAUUUCAAGUGAAACACAGGAGCUAACUAUUGAAAUAUUAAAGCACAAGGAAGGGUAUUCAAGAACCAAAGCCAUCAGAGUAACUUUGAUUCCAAGGGCUGGAACUUUAUCUCUCCCUCAGAUUUAUGAAGCUGAACUCCUCAUGAACUCCCAACUCCCUUGGAAGAAAAAACUGGUGCACAGUUGGAAAUGGACAUUCUAUGUGUGGAUGUCCUUGUAUGUUUACAUUAUGCUUCUUGUAGUUCUCAUGUGUUGCUUUAGGCCUGUCUUAUUCCCUGUAACAACAGCAAGUCAAAGAGAUCAUAAUGAAAGAGAUUUGACCAUGGAAGUAUCCAAAGAACCAGACUCAAGAGCUAGAGAUGCUAGAGAGGCUUCAGAAUCAUUGAAAAGAUGGCAACGGAGUAGGAACAAGAGAAAGGCAGAUGUUUUGCAGAAGCUCCAACCAGAAACUGUUGGCUCAUCUGCUUCAAGCAUUACUAUAACCAGGGAAGACGCAAGUGCGUUUGUUGAAGAGGAUGUUGGGGAUUCAGAAUCAGUGUGUUAGGAUGUUGAGUUGAUUGCAAGUCAAGUUUGAAUAGAGUCACUUGCUACAAGAAAAAGAAAGGAAGCAAAAGGCAAAUGGAAAGGAAGGAAGGAGCUGGAAAACAGGGGUGCUCACAGAAGAUAUAGAGACAAGCAGCAAUAAAUUAAUGAGGCUAAGCCAGACCACAAAGAGUGCUUCAGCCAUGGCAACAAGGGUCAUUAUGCCAGAGAUCGCUGCUCAUGAAGAAAGCUAGGUAAAGGCAAAUAUGGAGACUUACCUGCAUUCCACAUUUAGGUGAAGUAUACAUUUUUCUGAAGUCAUCUUCAUGUCAUUUCAGUUGAAGCCUAACCUGCUGAGGCUUUCUUUAGCCGGAUAUUGUGUCAGGGAAUGUUAAUGCAAUUUUCUUCUUGUUUGACAUAAAGAGGUGCUCCGGAUUUAGUCUUUCCUAAAACUCUUAAUUUUGGUACUCUAGUUUGAGUUUUAAGAUUUUUAUUGUACACAAAAUACGAGCUAGACUUAACUGAGAUUAUAUUUAGUCUUC